CCAAUACUAAAAAAAUAGAGAAAGCACUUUUUCAAAAUCUGCUAGCUAAAGAUUUUGCUGACAGUAAAAAGAUUAUCUUUUAUGAUAUCAGCUGACAGUGAAAUUAUUUGUGACCACGACUACAAAGAUUGUAGGGGCUUGGAACGGUGGGGGGUUUCUUAUUUUUUUUAGCAGAAAGGCAUGGCGAAAAGCAAGUCUAAUAAUGAUCGUAGUAAAUCUUACGAUAAUUUUUGCUAUGUAAAUGAGCGCCCUGUUGACGAUAUAUCAUUAGAAUUUUUCUAUAAACCUCAUACGAUCACUCUCUUAAGUGUGGCUGUGAUCGCCGUGAUACUCUCUGUUUUUUUACGUAAUGAUGACAAUCUUCAAGAUAACAUAUGGCAUGGUAUUUUAUGUAUUUGUUUCUUCUUCCUGAUUAUUAGCAUACUUGCCUUUCCAAAUGGUCCUUUUAUAAGACCUCAUCCAGCAAUAUGGAGAUUAGUGUUUGGUGUAAGUGUGAUAUACCUUCUUGGUUUGCUAUUUAUAUUGUUCCAAAGUUAUGAUACCAUCAAGAGUAUAAUGUACUGGUUUUACCCAGACCUCAUAGACUUCAGGAUUGACCUUGAAAAAGAAUAUGGAGUUAACUGUUCUGACAUCACUGUGGAGAGAGUUUGGAACCACAUUGAUGUUUUUGCCUUUGGUCAUUUGUUUGGAUGGGCAAUGAAAGCAUUACUUGUGAGGCAUUAUGGAAUAUGCUGGACUAUAAGCGUUACCUGGGAAAUCACUGAGGUUGUGUUUGCUCAUCUUCUUCCGAAUUUCAGUGAAUGUUGGUGGGAUGCCAUGAUUUUAGAUGUCCUCAUCUGUAAUGGUUUGGGCAUUUACCUGGGAAUGGUUGCAUGCCGCUACCUUGAAAAUGAAACCUACGAAUGGGAGAGCAUCAAAUCAAUUCCGAGUACUAAAGGAAAAAUUCGCCGGGCUGUUUUACAGUUUACUCCUGCCAGUUGGACUCAUGUGAGAUGGUUGGAUCCCAAUUGUACUUAUAUGAGAUUUUUUGCUGUAUAUCAAUUGGUAUUUUUUUGGCAGGUGACUGAGUUAAACACAUUUUUUCUUAAGCAUAUCUUUGAAAUUCCACCUGGUCAUCCGUUAACAGUUGGAAGGAUUGCUCUAAUAGGUCUAAUUGUUGCUCCAACAUUAAGACAGUACUACAGUUACGUUACUGAUCCUAGAUGUAAGCGAGUUGGUACUCAGUGCUGGGUGUUCGGGGCAAUAACUUUGACUGAAGCUAUCAUUUGGACCAAAUUUGGCCUUGAAUUGGUUGCUCGUACCCAAAUAAAGAAUAUCCUUGUGUGGUUGCUCAUUAUGGUUGGAAUGACAUUUGCUUGUUUGGCGUUUUGUGUAUAUUACUCAAGAAGGAAUCAAACUGUAGCAGCAGACUCUGAAACUUCUACAGAUUCUCCUUUGGCCUCUCCGGUUAAGGAAGCCAUCGUAAAACCCAAUCAUGCAUCCCACACUAAAGUCACUAGACGCAAGGGUAAAUCAAUCAAUGGACCUCCCCUCUUCAAGAAUUAAUGCCUUCUGUCCAAUUGUUCUUCACCAAAUCUUUUGCUAACUAUUGGCAAACUUUUUUUUUUAAUUGUACCUCACCAGAAAGUAUGUAAUUUGAAUUAAAUUGCAUACUUUUAGAUUUCUACUUGGCUACUGAAGUUAUACAAAAUUAUUUAAAAGAAUCUGGUAUUUAAAAACCUACUAGUUUCUUUUUCUUCCCUUAAAUAGUUAGAAAUUCAUUUUAUUUAUUCAUAUAAGUGUUUGUUAAUUUGUAUUACAAACAAGCAAUUCAUGUUACAAAAACACUAAGUUGUGCUUUGAGGAAAAUUAACUCUAAUAGAAGCCAUUUUAUACAGUUUUAAAAUGAUCUUGCCAUUUUAAGUGAUAGGAUAUGGACUUAUUAAUAACCCCUCCCCCCUUUUUUUUCUUCUUUGAUUUGAAUUUAUUGCUCAUAUCCAUCUAAUAUUAAAGCAGCCAAAUUCAGGCACAAUUUUUUUAGUCCUUUAUUUGAAAUGAAAAUGUUAUUUCUAUAUUGGGCUAUACUGAAAAUAAAAAAAAGGAGACUUUUAACUUCCAAAUUUGAAAAUUGCUGGGAAAAAAUCGUUAAAUAAUUCAGUGUAACUGAAAAUAAACUAAAAAAAAAACAACAGUUAGAAGUAUCUAUGUUAAAAUGCAUUCUGUAAUAAGCAGAAUAAAACAGUUACGUGUAAAGAAAUGAGUGGUAAAGAAAUUCCUUUGAGAAGUGACAUUUUAGAGGUACUUCAUUCACUUAGUUUUGCUAAAAUUGUAACUGUAAUGUACAAAAGUCACUUUCUGUCAAAAUUAAGUAAUCUUAAAGUCUGAAAGUGAUUAGACAGACUUGUAAUUGACAAACAGUAAAUACAGUUUGACCUGGCUGUAGUAGACUGUCUACGGCUCAGUGAUAAAUCUGCUAUAAAUGAUGAUUCACUCUAUCCAAAAUUCUUCAUAAAAUAAUUGUUAGUGUACUGCAGUCAUAUUGUUAAUUGUAGAGCGCAGUUUGUUUCAUGUAUUAUUUACUAAUUAAAUAUAUAAAGUUGCUCUACAACUUAGUUUCUGUACAGCAAAAUUUCUCCUAUGACUGAGUUAAUCAGAAUGUUAAAAAAAUAUUCACCUUGAAAUUGAUGUCAAAUAUUUUUAGAUGUUUAUCUUUUCAAUUUUAGUCAUUCUUUGAAUUUUCUUAAAACUUUUUAUUUUCAGCUUUUUAUUAAAAAAGUUUCUGUGCAACAAAUUUACUUUCCCAUUUGCCUGUUUUCGUAACAAUUUUUUAUUUUAGAAAAAUGUUUCAAAUGAAAUAUUCCUUUAUAAUAUCUUCAUUUUUAAUGAGAAACCAUAAUUAUGUAUUUUUCGCAUAGAUUAAACAACAAUUAUUUAAAUGCCUCCAAAGAGGAAAUUUGAGGUCACUCUAAAGGAACUAACCAGCCUUAAUAAAAUAACAUUGUUUAAUGAGCAAUUUAGAUGGAGCCAAUAAAAUUAUCUACCACAACUGAGUGUUCAUUAUAGUGGAUAUUUCCUUACUUUUAGAAUCUGUUGAUUUUGAAUUACAAAUAUAAAACACAUUUUGCACAUGAAUUGAUUGUAAAACAUAUUUAUUACAUGUUCAGCAUUAACACUCCCACCUAAUAAUCCUUCCUCCAGUGUUUUUUUUUCUUAAACUCAUAUUACCCAAUAGGAUUGUCUUUUAUUUUAUUUAUUUAUUUUUUUUGUUUCUAAAAUAUUGCACCAACUUACUAAAAAUUUUGAAAAAAAAAAUGAGUUAAUAUACUUUUAGGUAUUUAUAAAACCUAUUUUACAAUAAGUGUAUGGGUCUAUUAUUUUAGGAUAGAAAAUUAUAUGUUUUUUUUUUUUAUAAAUAUAUUUAAUAAUUGUUAAUUGUGUUAUAUAAUGGCUGUUAAGUGUUGUUAUUGUGAAGUUAUUAUUCAAAUAUUUUUUUUCAGUUGUUGAAAUAUUUUAAAUGAGUUGUUCACUGUUUGAGAAAGUGAAAAAUACUAUAUGUAAGUGAUUAUAAUUUAAUCAUACAUUUAGACAGUUAUCUAGGAAAUAUGUUACUCUCAUUUAAAGUUUUUUUUAUUGAUAGUUCCCUCUAUUUAUUUAUCUCUACCAAUAUGUCUCCUUAAUUUGUUUAUCAGCACAAUAAGUUUUUCACAUAGAAUUUUUGAUGUGUUAAAAAAAAUGUGUUAUGGAUUUUUUGGUAUGCAGUUAGUACUUGUUUGCAUUGUUUUUCAAAUAAUGUUCUUGUUAAUAAAUAGAGUGAUUUUAAUUAUAAUGCUGGGGUCAGUUAGGGCUCAUAUGAAGCACUCAAAAGAAAGGAGCUAAUGUGAAAUGUAAUGAAAAAAUUUGAUUAUGAAACUUUCUUGUAUCAAACUUUAAACCUUCAGCUCUCUGACAUGCAAAUGAUUUUGACAGAGUUUCUUUUAAAACAGAUUGCUGUGUGUUGUGAAUAGUAAAAACAAUCUAUGUGUUAAUUCUAGUCUAAGAUAACAAAAUGAGGAUUUUAAUGCGUGUAACAUAGUUUUAUUUUUUAUAAUUUCAUUUAUGACGCAUUCAGCAUAUUUGUUUUGUCUUCCUAGGGGGAAACCGAAACAAUGGGCAAUGUUUUUGUUUCAAUACUAAACAAUUAAGAAGAAAAAAACAGUGUCAGUUUUGUUUUAACCCUGACUGAUUCCAAGUUCCAAAUUCUACCCUCCCAUUAAAAUUACGUUUGUAGAGAAAGAUUUUAUUAUUAUUUCCUUGCUUAAAAAAUAAUAUAAACCAGUAAUUCCUAACCAGACAACCAAUUUGGUAAAAAAACAACGUUAUAUAUCUAUAUAUUACUGAAAGAUACAAGAAGAAUUUAAAAAAUAUUUUUUUAUAAAGAAAAUUAAUUUUUUGUAUUCAUUUGGCUGUCACAACUCUAAGAAAACUGAAAAACUUAACAACCUGCUCAUCUUGGUUGGCGACAGAGAGCUUUUGUGGGACUUCACCUCACACUAGAUCUUGCGCAUGUCAUAUUAGGAUUUUAAGAUUAUAACAGGCCUAGUGAAUCAUACCAAAAAAAACUGGUAUUAGACAACAAGACUCUAUAUUUUAGCUGAGACUCUCGGCCCAUUUUUGGGCUUCUGAUUAUGGGUUGGGAACCGC